AGGAUCAGUCGUCGGAAUGGUAGAAACCAAAAUGGAAGACGGAAAGCAAGCGGCGACUCCAGCAGAGGAAAUAAAUCUCAGUAACAAGAGAGAAGCAAACUGGCCCGCUGUACUUUUUUUCAUUCACAUACAUCUGCUCUCUCUUUAUGGAAUUUACCUUCUGAUAUAUGAAGUUAAAUGGAUGACGGUCAUAUUUUUAAUAACAUUGACAUUUCCCGCCAUACUCGCAAUGACGACCGGAGCUCAUCGACUUUGGGCGCACCGUACUUACAAAGCAAGCACAGAAUUGCGCAUUGUUCUAAUGCUGCUUCAGACUUUAGCUGGUGUUGGCCCUAUUUACAACUGGGUUAGACAUCACAGACUACAUCACGCACACUUUGCUACAGAGAAUGAUCCAUUUGACUACAAUCAAGGUUUCGCAUACGCCCACAUCUUCACGCGAAUGAGGAAACUUAGUCCGUAUCAGGAAAAAUUAAAAGAGUCCAUCGACAUGUCGGAUCUAGAAAAUGAUUCUGUUGUUAUGUUUCAAAAGACGCUAUACUGGUUUAUGUAUGCAACGCUGUUCCUACUGUUGCCCCUGAACGCACCACUCGAGUAUUGGGAGGACUCAGUAUUAAGUUCCGUCUUUGUUAUUGGCUUUCUUCGAUACUUCAUCUUACUACACGCGUCUUGGUUGAUAGAGAGCGCUAUCUGCGUUUGGGGAUUGAAACCUGGAGAAAAAUCACCCCCUGAUUCUAAUUCUGUGUUCAUAAUAACGCGAACAUUCUGGCCUCACUACCACUAUUUAAUACCCUAUGAUUACAAAUCCGGAGAAUACGGUACCUAUGACUCCGGUUGUUCGAGUGCUUUCAUUAGAGUUUGGGCAGCACUCGGUAUCGCCACAGGUCUUCGUACAGUGGAGACCAAUACAAUACAGAAGGCUUUGGCUGAGAUGGCAAAAACCAAAAAACCUCUUCAAAUAUGCCUAGAAAAUGCCCUAAAAGAUCAAAGUUUGUCAGAUCAGCAUUAUCUCAAACGAGAAUAAUAUUUAUCUUUUUUUGUUUUAUUAAUUGUUACGAAUUUUAGUGACAUAAAUUAUAAUUAAUUAGAAACAAAGGGAAUCCUUGAACUAAUUACCUUAACUAUUGUAUGUUUAAGUAUCAGAUGUAGACCCAAAAC